CGCCAUAUCUAUUUAACAAGUUGGCAAAUGUUCGAUUUUCAUCUAUGCCUAGAUACCUAAUCUCAUGUUGAUACGUCAGUUGUCUUUUCAUUGGAUCGUUUGUGAAAAUACUCUGAAGACAUAAAUUGUAUUCGAGUAUUCUGUUUUUCCGUGUCUGUCAUAAAACCACAAGAAGGAAAUGGCAAUCAUCCGAUGUGUACUCGUUUACCUGAUCACUCUGUGCGCCCGUGGACAGUCCCAAGUCUGCCCAAACACGGUUGUGUGCAGUUGUUCGGACCACAUCAUAGAAUGCCAUGACAGAGGUUUGACCAGUAUUCCUUUUUUCCAACAAGUCAACCACGUCUACACUGAAUUGAAUUUAGAGAACAAUUUUAUCAAAACUAUACCUGCCGACGCAUUCAAGAACAUUCCCGAUCUGUCGCCUGUAUUUCUCAACAACAAUAGCAUACUUUGUAUAGAUGAACACGCAUUCAGAGGUGUCGACGGGAAGAUUACACGUGUUAAUCUUGCAAAAAAAAAACUUGACAAGAUUUCCCUCAUCCCAUGGUGCAUUGAACACUAUAUUGAAUAUUUCAUGGAGCUCUGCAACACUCACCUGAAGAUAGCCGGAUCCUGCGAGACAAUAGAUUCUGAUGUCGCCGACUAUCUUAUGGCUCACAUCCCAAACUGCCCUAACUACUCCAGGCAAACCCAGUGUGUCAGCUCCACGUGUUAUCUGGGAUUCACACCCGGGAGUCAUGGCCGUGGUGGCACUGAUGGUUUAACUGACGAAGUUAUGAAGCAGAUUGGUGAUUCUAUCACUACGUUCAAGUUCGGCUCUAGCAUUGUAAACUCAUGGCCACAAAGUUUUUCCCAUCUCAAUCGAUUGAAGGAAUUGGUGGUCGCUGGGGUUAACAUUCCAUACUGGCCACCUAGUGCAUGUCAUGGAUUUGAAAGGACGUUGACAAAACUUACCAUUGAGAAUCUUCCCGUAGGAUCCGUGCCGUACGCUAUUGCAACUCUCACACAUCUAGAAGAGCUUCAUCUUGAUAACCUUGAGUAUCCAUUCGGAGACGCAAGUUUGGUGUCACUCCCUUUUGAAGCAAUUGGUGGUUCUCUUAAGGUACUGAGUCUGAAGAAUGCCAGUCUUACAACGUUUCCCGAAAGCAUUCAGCAAUUACUUUCUCUGAACAGUUUGACCCUGGACGGCAACCAUCUUGAGUUUGUCAGCGAUGAGGCAAUAAAGCUCCUGCAGGUGGCCAACGUUACCAUGCUGGGUCUAAAGGACUGCGACCUGAAGCGAGUUCCGGGUGCGAUUUCUGACCUAAAAAAGCUCCAAGAGCUGCAUUUGUCAAACAACCUAAUUCGGAGCUUGGAGAGCACUGAUCUGCAGAAUCUGUUUGAACUUCGCGAACUUGACAUGAGCGGAAACCCUUUGCUCUACAUCUCGGACAACUCGCUUUGUGGACUGAACAGUCUUUUGAAUUUUAGCCUGGAGAAUACAUUCCUCACCGAGAUUUCCAGGGCAUUUAAAAACCUCAGAAAACUGGAACACCUGAGUCUAGUAAAUGCAAAAAUUGACUGCACGUGUGACAUGACCUGGGUGAAAUCCUGGAUGGACAAAUGCCAAGUCAACGAGAAACAUCUGGAGAUACUGGGUAACUGUGAGACGAUCAAUAGGGGCAUUACUGAUUACGCGAACCAUCACCUUACAAGUUGCCCUGGCUUCAACGUCGAUAACCAAGUCUUCAAAUGCACGGGCACGUGCGUGUUCACUUUAAUUUUUUCAAAUACACGCUUUCACACUUUAGACCAAAGACAUAAUACUAUUUUCGAUAUACAAACUUCGACUUUUAUCGAGUUGAUUUAUACCGAAACAUUAUUUCUAAGCUGGAAUGAUAUAUCGCAGAUUUCCAAUGCGGCCUUCCAUGGUCUGCAACCGAGUCUGAAACAUUUAGAUCUGUCACAUAAUAAUCUACAUGCGAUUCCUGACGGGGUCCAUCUUCUUCGUUGUCUGACCUUCCUGGAAAUUCACGCCAACCCAAUUGAUGGGUCACUGACGGAGGGUAUUUCUCAGGAUAUAUAUAACGAUGGAUUCACAGCAAGUGUGUUGACCGACAUUAGUUCAUCACUUACUUCGUUAACAAAAGGCCACGAAACUGCAUUGAAACACUGGCAAAGUACCCUGGACCAUCUGUGGAAACUUAGGAAAAUUACUGUCAUUGGACUGAAUAUGACUCUGUUACUCGAUGGUUUUCAUGGCUUAGAAAGCACUCUGCAAUAUCUUUAUAUUUCAAAUACAGUUUUACACAAUAUACCUGUUGGCAUCGAAACCCUCAAAGCACUUGACGAAUUACAUUUCACAGACUGUCAUCCGACUCCGAUCUUGGGUAACAAAAUUAUAAUAGAUCAACCGUUUAUUGGCGUGCGGGACACAUUAAAAAUUCUGUCUCGUGCUAGAAACAAUUUAACAGCUAUUCCGAAUGUUAUUAGUAAUUUAUAUCGCCUUGAAAAUAUCAGUUUUGAAGGAAACCCAAUUAGCUAUAUUUCAGACGAAUCGUUGAACCAUUUGUUAGAUAAGAACUUAUCGUUUUUAAACAUGAAGGGCUGCAACCUUAAACGGAUACCAAGUUCCAUAUGGAAAUUGUCUAACUUGACAGAACUAAUUUUUGCAGAUAACGAUAUUAAAUCUAUUGAGUACGGUGAGUUUCAAAACAUGGCGAAUCUCCGAAGUGUUUCAUUUGCCGGAAAUCCAUUACGUCACGAACGGAGAAUUUUACGGACUAGAUCGGUUGAACUCACUGGAAUUAUCUUCAACCAAAAUGACAGAUAUCCCAUUUGCAAUUCAAAACUUGAUGAGUCUUCAACGUUUAGAUCUGACAAAUGCACCCACGGACUGCACUUGCGAUCUGGUCUGGUUUAAAAAGUGGCUAGAUUAUUUCGAUAUGUCUGGAUUGACGAUUUACGGCCGCUGUGUAACAAUUAACCAGGAAGUCAGCGCUUAUGUGCACACUCGCCUACCGACGUGUCCUGACAUGAAGUUGCAGUUUGGGUAGAUUGAGUUGUAUGCACACUCGCCUUCCGAUGUGUCCUGACAUGAAGUUGCAGUUCGGGUAGAUUGAGUUGUAUGCACACUCGCCUUCCGACGUGUUCUGACAUGAAGUUGCACUUUGGGUAGACUGAGUUAUAUGCUUAAUGAAUAAAGUGCAUCCAACAACUUG